AUGUGUUUCAACCUAAAACUUCCAAAAAAGCUUAUUCCGGGACUCAAAGAAAAACAUAAAACUGACGUUAUUUGUGUGCAGCGCAAAUUUCUGCAGAACUACGGAUACAAAACAAACCGAAAUUGUAGUGCAUGACGCUCAGCAACAGGGAAUUAAAAUGAUGACGCUGCAAGACUCUCUCGCUCUGCUGUUUCAGCACUUGACCACAGGAAGCUGCAUGCAUGACCAGAAAGGACUCUGAUACACCGUGAUGGUUUGGGGCUAUCAGAACUGACAGCAGAGUGUACGCUAUCAUUUGGAAACUGCUUGUGGGACUGGUGAAAAAUGAAAGCUCCCGUUCCUCUUCUGAUCCUGCUUCAUGCCGUUGUGGUCCAUUGCUCGAAAGUUGUUUGGAAGAGAGGCUCAGUUGAAGGCUGCACGGAUUGGUCAGUGGACUACCUGAAAUAUAAGGUGCUUCUGGGGGAACCUGUACGGAUUAAGUGCGCUUUAUUCUAUGGAUAUAUCCGGGCCAACUACACGCAUGCGCAGAGCGCAGGACUUAGCCUUAUGUGGUACAAAAGUGCAGGACAUGGGGACUUCGAGGAACCCAUCAGUUUUGACGGCACAAGAAUGAGUAAGGAGGAGGACGCCAUAUGGUUUCGACCAGCAGAGUUGGACGAUGUGGGGUACUAUUCCUGCGUAUUAAGGAACUCCACAUACUGCAUGAAGGUGUCCAUGUCUCUCACAGUAGCGGAGAAUGACACAGACCUCUGCUACAACUCCAAGAUGAGGUUCUUUGAAAAGGCAGAACUAAGCAAAAGCAAAGAUAUCAGCUGCUCGGGCAUUGAGGAUUAUCUACUGCCAGGAGUGGAGCCUGACGUUGUGUGGUACAAGGAAUGCAAGACAAAGCAGUGGAGACAAACCGUAGAAAGGAGGAGGGACACUCUGUCCAUCAAAGAAGUACGGGAAGAUGACAUUGGAAAUUACACCUGCGAAUUACAGUUUGGGAACUUUGUGGUACGGAGGACUACUGAGCUGUCCGUCACAGCUCCCCUGACAGACAAGCCGCCAAAAAUCCUCUUCCCGUCGGAGAGCCAAAUGAGCGUCAUAGAGAUGGCAAUAGGAAGUCCAGUCAACCUGACGUGCAGAGCGUUCUUUGGAUACAGCGGAGACGUCAGUCCACUUAUCUACUGGAUGAAGGGGGAUAAGUUCAUUGAAGAUCUGGAUGAGGAGCGGGUUCAGGAGAGUGACAUCAAGACAAUCCGGGAGCACCUGGGGGAGCGGGAGGUUUCCAUCUCUCUGACCAUCGACUCUCUGGAUGAGAACGACCUGGGCAACUACUCCUGCUACGUGGAGAACGGCAACGGGCGGCGACAGGCCAACAUCCAGCUCGCUAAGAAAGCAGAGCUCAUGUACACGGUGGAGCUGGCCGGAGGUCUCGGAGCCAUCCUGAUGCUGCUCAUCUGUCUGGUGACGCUUUACAAGUGCUACAGGAUUGAGCUCAUGCUCUUCUACAGGAACCACUUUGGCAGCGAGGAUAUAGAUGGAGAUAACAAGGACUACGACGCGUACCUGUCCUACACCAAAGUGGACCCGGACCAGUGGAGCCAGGAGACCCGAGAGGAGGAGCGCUUUGCCCUGGAGAUCCUCCCCGACGUGUUGGAGAAGCAUUAUGGGUAUAAACUCUUCAUUCCAGACAGGGACUUGAUCCCCACAGGAAGUUUCACCAAUGAUCAUUUCCAGGAUGACACAAGACUACUUAGAGCGUACAUCGAGGACGUCGCGCGCUGUGUGGACCAGAGCAAGCGCCUCAUCAUCGUGAUGACGCCCAGCUAUGUGGUGCGGCGGGGGUGGAGUAUCUUUGAGCUGGAGACGAGGCUGCGCAACAUGCUGGUGACCGGCGAGAUCAAGGUCAUCCUGAUCGAGUGCGCCGAGCUGCGCGGCAUCAUGAACUACCAGGAAGUGGAGGCCCUCAAACACACCAUCAAGAUGCUGACGGUCAUCAAGUGGCGCGGGCCGUCCAGCAACAAGCUCAACUCCAAGUUCUGGAAGCAGCUGCUCUACGAGAUGCCCUUCAAGCACAUGGAGCCCCUGAGCAUCUCCCACGAGCAGGUGCUGGACGUCAGCGAGCAGGGCCCCUUCGGUGAGCUCCAGACCGUCUCGGCCAUUUCCAUGGCGGCGGCCACCUCCACCGCCAUGGCGACGGCACACCCGGACUUGCGCUCCACCUUCCACAACUCUUGCCACACCCAGAUGAGGCAGAAACACUAUUACCGUAGCUACGACUACGACCUGCCGCCAGGCGGCACGCUCCCGCCGCUCCCACCGCUCGCCACGCUCGGCAGCCAGCACACCUACUGCAACAUCCCCAUGACGCUCAUCAACGGACAGCGGCCGCAGUCCAAGUCGCCGCGCCAGCAGAGUCUUGAGGAGGCCCACAGCAACAACGCCAUGCUGCCACUGCUGCCCAGAGAGACGAGUAUAUCCAGCGUCAUCUGGUGACAGAGACGGUGCCGAGCAGGAUAGACUGUGGAUCUAUACGAUGUCCGUCACAGGGAGGACUCACCACUGGCACUUGGACCCUGAAUGCACCGGAGCCAGAUGGGCCUGAAUGGCACUAAGCUACUUGCUGCUGUUGAAUUUGCACCAGGAAACAUCAGGGGAAGGGGAGGGAGGACACACGGGACACAUUGGGGAGGUGGUGGCAGAUUUUUCUUCUUUUUUUUUGGUCCAAUAAGAGCUUUUAUUGAAACUGAACAACAACAAAAAAGAAACAAGGAGAACUGUUUUGUAUGCCUGUAUACACACUCACGUAACACAAGCCAACACCUAUGAUCAUUUACCCAGAGUCAAGGAAUACAGGGUCCUGUACAUACAUUUUUAUAAUUCUUUGUAGCAUCAGUGUUUGAGACUUGUUUCUUCUUAUGUUUUAUCAUCAGUUGGGAAAUACUUUUUUUUGUUUCAGUUUGUACAAAAUUGAAGCAAUGGCCUGUGAGAUGUUUUGGAUAAACUGUUGUUAUCUUUAUUUUUAUUUGUUGGCUGGUGUAGUUUAUAAAGCUUUGGGAUUUUUUCGGGGAGGGGGGGGGGGGGUAAAAGUCGCAGCCUUCAAGGAGAUGAGAACGAUUUGAUUUUUGAUUUCCGGGAGUUCCAGCUCCCCCCCUCGGCUGCGGUAAAGGGUUGAGAAUCUGGACUCAACCAGAAUAUGCAAAAUAUGGAUAAGAUGUGUUUCACAAAUCGAUCAUAUUCGAAUGCUUUCGGACAGGGCGUAUCUGUGAAGGAGGAUAUGAAGAAUAUGGUGCUAGGCUACAAAUCUCUCUGUUUCUCUCACGAUAACAUUUACUUUAAAACAAAAAAAACAAAAAAAAAACAGCCUUGCUAUUUACCUUAAUAGAUGAUUAUAUCACCGAAAAUUAAUUAUGUGUAUUAUUUUAUGAAAAAAGAAAAGUCUAUUUUUGUAACUGAGGGAUAUUUGCUUAGAGAUGUCAAAGUUUCUGAUGGAAGGAAUUGGGGAAACAUAAUAAAAAAAAGAACAAUGUUUUGUUAUGUGGAACUGCACAGCUCACGAAAAUCGAUAGGUCAUUCACUAAAUGUCUUACCCUUAUAUUGCAAGAGUAAAAAAAAAAGUUUGUUUGUGUUUUCAUCAUUAAAAAGAGGAGUUUUGACAUUUCAAACAAACCACGGAUUGCAGCUCAGCAGGCUUUUUAUGUUUGUUGAUUUCACAGGCAUUGCAGCGAUUCACUGUGGAUGAUGUCAGUACAGAGGGAGGAGAGGAAAGCCAAGUGUCACCUGAAGCAUUUACUCUACCUGGCUUCCUCUGAAGGACCAAACAAGGCUGUCCAGGGCUAAACAAGUAUCUCUGUUAUUAAUUUCCUCUUAAAUGACAGCUCUGUUAUUUGUUCGCCAUGUCCCCUUGUCCCCUUGUCAGCGGAAAGUGAUUUGUCGGUUGAUAAAGGAACAUAUUCACGAUGAAGAGUUUCAUUCCAAAAUGAGUCUGAAACACCUUAAAAGCGCUGAUGACUAGAUGAUACAGUAAUGUUUAGUUAUUAAUAUCAAAAAGUAAUAUUUAGGAGGGAUGUAAUCAAUUAUAUUUUUGACCUACUGACCAGUAAUGGGGUGUAUUCUCCUCACAAUCAAUAACCUUGCAAGCAAGAUGUAGUUUGAAAAUGCUAAUAAAAUCCUGGAGUAUAUGUUACUAUACUAUAGAAAUGCUACUUAGAGCAAGUUAGACCAAAGCAAGCUACAGUGAACCAUUGUCGCAAAAUGCUCCUUUUUUCUUCUUUCCAUCGCGAUCAGUAUGAUGUCAUCAAAUCAUACAGAAAAAGAGCUAUUCUCACACGCUGUGAAGACGGCCUGUGAACUCCUCCUGCAGCUGUGCCAUGUUAUUCCUUUUUUUUUCAAGAAACUAACCUCAUACUAAAACAACUGCAGCAUCUCCUAACAUAGAGAUGUUUCAUUUAGUGCCAUAAAAUAUGCAAAGUGAUGAACUCGCAAAACAAUAAAUGAAAUAUUGUGUUAUCUUCUUGCAAUCUUCAGUUAUUGCUUUUUGAUUUUACUCUUACAGAAUAUUUCAGAACAGGCCCGUAUUUUAACUUUCAAAGUGUUCAUUUCGGAUCUUUCAAUCAAACAAUAGUUUGUUAUUCAGGCCUGGUUUUUUUUUUAUAAGUGUGUGGUUUUUAAUCCACCUCAAGUCAGAGCUUUCCCCCGUAUGAAAAGUAAGAUAUGAAAACGUUGAAGAGCAGCAUUUCUUAACAGAGGAGUUUGUUGUGCUCUAUGUCUUGGCAUUGUGUAAAUAUAAUCAAGACAAUAACAGGAUCAAGAUGACGACAAUCGAGCCAUAUUCAUGAAACCGAUGGUCAUUAUUCACAAGGCCUCUCAAAGUAAAAAUACUAAUCUUGACUGGAGGUGAACUCGUGGAAUCGAUGAGGUUUUGACGGGCGUAUGGCGUCAGCGCUCCUGCUUUGGGAAGCUGUGUGAAUACAAACAUUUUCUAAGUGGGCCAAUAACACAUUUUUGUUUCAUGAUGAAUUUGAACAUUUCUGGCGACGUGGCUUUGAUGAUAAAGAUGAUGAUGAUGAUGAUGAAAUAACAAUGACAAUAUAUAGCACAGAAUUAUUCCAGGCACUUUCACGACUCUUGAGAUGACGUCUCUCCUAUUUCUGAUUUAUUUUCUAUUAUGUAUCUGCAAUGUUCAUUAAAAGAGAUACUGUUAUUAUUAAUAAAACCACAUUUACGGUAA